AUUCAAUGGCUCUGGAUCAUGAGAAAUUCAAUGGUUUGGAUCUGCCCAUAAACUUUCCCAGCAUUCUCUGGCCCAAAACAUGGUCUCAUGAUCAAUUUCCUAGUUUUUACGCUUUUUGGCUGUCAAACGAAACAACAAUUCUACGAACUGGGAAUCGGGGUCUGUGCAGUCACGUUACAAGAGAGAGAGAGAGAGAGGAGAGAUGGAGGAAGAACAUGGACCCCCACCCGGAUGGCAAUUAAAUUCCCACAUGUUCAUUUUCGAGGAAGAACAAAUUGAAGAAAAAGAUGGACCCCCACCUGGUUGUCAAUCAAUCCCUGUUAAACAAGAAGAUGUUUAUCUAGAAGAAGAAGAAGAAGAUGAUGAUGAUGAUGAUGAUGAUGAUGAUGGCCCACCACCUGACCGGCAAUCAGUCCCUCAGCAGCCGCAACCACCGCCAACAUUCCCACCAGCGAUUUCUUCCGGGGUGACGCCACUUGGUAAGAAUCAAGGAAGUAGACUGACACCAAUAUCAAGGAAGGGAAAUGCAGCAACUGGCUCGGCAUCGACAAAACGACGUUCGAAAUCUUCAAAAGGAAAAAGUGCAACAAAUCUUACAAAAUCCAAGCCAAUGAAGCAAAAAAAGUCAAGGGAGGUAGAAGUUCGUCCAACAGCUUACCGUUCGAGUCUAGGUGGAAUCAUGAAUUUGAUAAAGGAAUUAAAACUGAGGGAGUGCCACAAGGAGGUGUUAAAAAGUACGCCUUUUUGGCGUUUGUUCGAUGCAAUCAUCCAAGGCCGAUUGACACCUAACCAAUGUCGCAAAAGUGACAAAUUGAUCGUGAAAAUAAUAGAAGCAUACGACCAUGCAACACGGAAGUUCCGAUUGGGAGGGAAAUAUGUUGGGCUGACAAGGAAUGACAUUGGCAACAUAUUUGGGAUUUGUUCUGGCAAAGAAGCUGUUGGCUUGAAGUACGGAUCUAGAGAUGAGGUGAAUAUGGUAGCAAGAAGAAAACUCCAUCACAAGAGGUUGACGACACCAACAAUGAAAAAGUUGUUGGAAACCUAUGUGCUGGGAAACGACACAGAUGACAUCAAGGACGUCGCAAGGCUGCUAUGUCUAUACGUAUGCCACACCCUGUUUUUCCCUCAUUCCACAACUGUAAAAUGGGUGUACUUAGAGCGCAUAGAAAACUUAGAAAAACUGAUGGAGUAUGAUUGGUGUGGUGCCAUUGCAAAUGAUCUAAUGACUUCAAUCAGGAAAAAUCACCAACAGCCCAAGAAGGUGUCGGGAUGUGUUGUGGCCCUACUGUAUUGGCUAUGUGAUCACACCAACGUAGUAGAGGCAUUUCAUACGGAUGAGAAUCUUGGAUUCAUAAGAUGGAGUAUUCCAACCAUGCUAUCAAAGUUUCGUACCAUGUCGCUGGAGGAUCUUCGUGACGAUCAGGUUGAUCGGUACAUAGAAGAUGCACGGAAUGGAGAUGCAAGUGAUAAUGAAUGCACCGAGAGUGUGUCUAGAUGUGGAGGGGAAAAUGAUGUAGCUUUAUCACUCAUUCGGCUUGGUGAGGAAGUCCUGCCUUGUUCCGAGCACCAUAAAGAAGUCCUACCUUGUUCUGAUAGCCAUAAAGAAGUACUGCCUUGUUCUGAUAGCCAUAAAGAAGUCCUGCCUUGUUCCGAUACCGAUAGCCAUAAAGAAGUCCUGCCUUGUUCUGAUAGCCAUAAAGAAGUCCUGCCUUGUUCUGAUAGCCAUGGAUGGGUAUAUGAUUGUGACGAUUCAUCUGAUUCAGAUGCCUGUUAUUAUGCCAACAGCAGGAUGAGUGGUAAAGACGCUGAUGCAACAAACAUUGGAAAGGAUGUCGAGUGUCACAGAGUCGACAACAAGAAGGUGAUAGAAUCUGUAGGCAGAAGUGAAAACGUGGACAAUUCGGCAAGAGAAGAUGAGGAGAAUACAAGUUUAAUACGUGAACUCCGUCUUCAAGUAUCAAAGAGGGAUGAAGAGAUCGAGGAGCUCGUUAGAAAAGGCAAGCAAAGAGAGGUCCAACAUGCAGUGGCUAUUGAGGUGAAAGAUGCAGAGAUUGCAGAUUUAAACAAGUCAAUCUUAUACCUUCUUGAUGAGAACGACCAGCUGUCGGCAGAAUUGGAUGAGAUUCACAAUAUAACGCAGCGUCACAUUUCAAACAGCCAAAACGUUUCCCCAAGAAUCUGGAUGAAGCGACUCAAAGGGAAGAGUAGAAGAGGUACCGAGGAUCCGCAGUUUGCAUGUAAAAGGAAAAAGCAGAAACUUACUAGUGAGGGUGAAAAUGAAGAAGGACCGUCUGACAAGAAUGUCAUUAAUGUAGACAAUAUACCACCGGGACCGGUGAGUUUACCCAAUAAACCUGUACCCAUCAAAAACCUCAGAUCAUAUGGGGUACAUUGCCUGCUGUCAACGGAGGACCAACAACGGAUAUCACAGAUUUGGAGUGAAGCAUAUUCUAGCACGUGCAUAUGGUCUGGGAGUGAAAUGGGAUCUAGCAUCUAUGUUGAUGAUAUUCGGCAACUCAUAGUUAAUUCAUCCAUAUCUGGCUCAGUAAUCGAUGCAUAUUCUGAAAUCCUGAUGCGGGAUCAGUCCAAAAUGGUUGGUGAGCUGCAGAGUAAUGGCACCCAAAUGACAAAUGAGACAUCGUAUGUUUUCACGUGUGGUUUGUUGAGUACUAUAAUCCCCAAAUCUCGAGAAGAACGUUUAAGACUUCUGGAUAAGUGGAUGCCGCGAGGUAGUGCCUUCCGUUACCUACACUUUCCGAUUCUCCAUGCGUACCAUUGGACAUUGCUUGUACUAGAUAAUGAGGAAGGUAGUUGGAAGUUUUAUAACUCCAGACAGUCGAGGACCGGUGUGGACCGCUACUGUGAGCCAGCAACACAGCUGAAAAGGCAGGUUGAAAGUUAUUGGAAAAGCAAGACAAAGGGUCUGUUCAUGACACAUGAAUGUAAACCGAUCCAGCUCGUGGAAGAUAGUCCCCAACAAGGACACUCUACCCUGGACUGUGGGAUCGUGGUUUGCUACAUAAUUCGUCAAUACUUCCGGAAUGAACCAAUUUCAAGCCAACUACCAGAAGGAGGUUGCCAGAAGAUGAGGUCAGACAUACUACAUGCGUUCCUAAGCGAUGAAAACAAUUCAUGGAGCUUGGAAAGACAAAUGAACGAAGAUGAUGAAAUGAAAUGCACAAAUAGCUGCAUCCAAUGAAGCAGACAUAAAUCAGGACAAGUAGCAUAUGACUUGUGUUUAAAUAGUGUUACUAACCCCGUUGGUUUUUAGAAACAAUGAACUUUAGCAUCAUUUUUUGGGGAAAGAAUAAUGUUGUAUGGUGUUUUUUAGUUGUGGGUUGUGAACCUACCGUAGGACUUGAAUACUGGGUGUUAUGCAAUUGGCAUUAGGUGUACAAAUUGUGUUUCCUUUUUUGGUUUAUGAAUAUGGUAACUUUAUCA